AGCGAGGCAGCCUUUCCCCCUCCCUUUCAGGACGCCAACCAAUCAGCGGUGCGGUCCGGCUCUGGCGGGAAACGGGAAGCUUUCAGCUGAGAGGAAUUGGCGCGAGCUACGGAAAGAGCUUCCCAACUGUGCGGCGGGAGUAGCUGAGCCGAGCCGAGCCGAGCUGAGCUUACGUGAGGUGAGCUCUGAGUGUAUUGCCAUCAUGCCCAACACCAGAUCCCGAUCUCAGGCCACCAUUAACUUUCCCAAGAAGAAAGUGUCUAAGACAUUAGGCAAAGGAAAAAACCGUGGACGUGUCAGAUCGUCGAAUAUGCUGCCCACCCCCAACGUUAAAAUCCUUCCUCUCAGUCCCAGGAAACGACUAGGAGAUGACAACCUAUGCAACACUCUCCAUAUGCUUACUUGUUCACCUUCAAAACGGAGUAAGAAAGAGAAUGGUCCUGUUCUUCCACUUGCCUCUAAGAAGCGUGGACUAGUAUUUGACAAUCAGUUGAAAAUUAGUUCUCCUAGCAAAAGAGACCUAGCAAUAGUCCAUCAGGACAAGGAACUCUCUCCAGUUCAAAAAGGUCAAAGGAGAUCAAGGAAUUCUGAGCACAGUUGUCCACUAGAGAAAGAAUCUGUGUGUGCUGGGCUAUUCAAGCAAGAAGGCACUUGUUACCAACAAGCAAAGCUGGUCCUGAAUACAGCUGUCCCAGAUAGGCUGCCUGCCAGGGAGAAGGAGAUGGAUGUCAUCAGGCAUUUCCUAAAAGAACACAUCUGUGGAAAAAAAGCUGGGAGCCUUUAUGUUUCUGGUGCUCCUGGAACUGGCAAAACAGCAUGCUUAAACCGGAUUCUGCAGGACCUCAAGGAAGAACUGGAAGAUACUAAAAUUGUAAUGCUAAAUUGUAUGUCCUUGAGGACCUCCCAGGCUGUAUUCCCAGCUAUUGCUCAGGAGAUCUGUCAGGAAAGCGUGUCCAAGUCAUCUGGGAAGGACUUGAUGAGGAAAUUGGAAAAACAUAUGACUUCAGAGAAGGCCCCCAUGUUCUUAUUGGUGUUGGAUGAAAUGGAUCAGUUGGACAGCAAAGGACAGGAUGUGUUAUACACAUUGUUUGAGUGGCCUUGGCUGAGGAGUUCCCAUCUUGUGUUGAUUGGUAUUGCUAAUUCCCUGGAUCUUACCAAUAGAAUUCUACCUAGACUUCAUGCUAAAGCAAAGUUCAGGCCACAGCUGGUGAACUUCCCACCUUACACAAAAGAGCAGAUAGCUACCAUCUUACAGGACCGACUUAAGCAGGUAUCCAGUAAUCAGAUUCUGGACAGUGCUGCAAUUCAGUUCUGUGCUAGAAAAAUCUCUGCUGUGUCAGGAGAUGCUCGCAAAGCACUAGAUGUUUGCAGGAGAGCUGUUGAAAUUGUAGAGUCAGAUGUCAGAAACCAGACUGUCCUCAAACCACUGUCUGAAUGUAAAUCUGCUAAGUCAUCAUGCCAUUCUUCAGUUCCCAAACGGGUUGGUCUUAUUCAUAUAUCCCAGGUCAUCUCAGACACUUAUGGCAGCAGAAUGGCCUUGAGCCAAGAAGGAGCUCAGGAUUCCUUUCCUCUUCAACAGAAGAUUCUGGUUUGUUCUCUGUUGCUCUUGACCAGACAGCUGAAAGCCAAAGAAGUCACCCUAGGGAAGUUAUAUGACGCCUAUAGCAAAGUCUGUCGAAAACAGCAGGUGGCAGCAGUGGACCAGUCAGAGUGUUUGUCACUUUCAGGGCUUUUGGAGACCAGGGGCAUUUUAGGAUUGAAGAAAAGCAAGGAAACCCGACUCACAAAGGUGUCUCUGAAGAUUGAGAAGGAGAUGGAACAUGCACUGAAGGACAGAGUCUUAAUUGGGACCAUUUUAGCUAAUGGGUUGCCUUAAAUCCUUCUGGUCUUUUACCUUGAGUGUCCCCCUUGCAUUUUACAGGACCUCACAACUGUGGCAAUAUGCUACCUUAUGCAUUCUAUCCUCGAGUCCCAGAAAUAUGACCUGUUUUUACUUGAACUAGAUGAAUUUAUAUUCAUAAGAGAUGUGCAGUCAUGACUAUAGAACCAAAACAUCUUUAGGUCCCUUUAUUUUUACUCAUCAAGGUUAAAAAAAAAAGCAUAUGGCUAAGAGAGGUGCUGUCUUCAGCUCUUGUGUAUCUUUAUCCCAUUUUUCUUACAAAGUGAAGAUUCAUGGAGCAGCUGAGGGUCUGUAUGAGAACGGUGAGGACUGGUAUGACCAGAACAACAGAAGUCCAUCCAGAAAACCCACAUGUUCAUGUUGAAUUGGAGGAAGCAUUGGUCAAAGCCUCCAGUUCUUUUUGGAGUGCUACUUUGUUCACAUUAUGGAGACUGUCAUUCUUUGUGCCAUUUAAGACCCAUUGAUAUUGUUGGGCAGUUCCAAGGUUGAGAGAAAGAAUGUUUUAACUCUAUAUAUAGGGAUAUAUUUACUGAGUUGUAUAAUAUUAGCUGUGUGUUUGUUUUUAAGCAGUUCAUGUGUCUAAUGUUCAGGUUUCCUGCAUGUAUCCUGGAUGUAUAGCUGAAAAUCCUGCUAUUUAAUCUCUCCCUCAGGCACCAGAAGCUACUUGCUUUAUGCUGGCUUAAUAUGAAUUUAUAUUUCUCUUUAAACCAUCUCUUUUCCCUCUCAUCUGAAACCCUUCCAUAUGGUUACUUAAUAUUCUUCCUUCUUUCAGCUUUGGUUUCCAUUAAACUUACUGGAACCUCUAA